UAUUUCAUCGACGCCGACCCUGCCCUCUUCGAGCACAUCCUGCGUUACCUCCGCCGGGGCAUCUUUCCCUUGUUCUUCGACGUCGUCAAGGGCCACGACUACCACCUUUGGGUCUCCCUCCUGGAAGAGGCCCGAUAUUUCCAGAUUCCCCGGCUUGAGAACUGGCUCGAGCGGAAGCGAUAUCUGGACGCAGUGCAGGUGGCACACACCGCCGACCAGUACCAUGACGACUACUCUUCUUGGGCCUACUUGAAAGUACCCUCAGGCGUGACGGUGGAGCAUUACCCACAAUGGACCAUCAGAAAGGUGUACAUCUGCCCGAGGGGUAUACCUGGGCACAGAGGCAGCCCAAUGUCUUGUGGGCGCCGUUGUGCCGCUGCUCAGGGUGACAAUGAUGAUAUUCAUGAGGAGGAACCGUAUCUGAAGAUGUUGGUGCUAAAGAAAACAGUGACUUUAAGACCUGAAGUUUGCGUGGCUCGAGAUAUUUAA